CAGUGUCUAGUGACGAAGAUGUUGACACGCCGACCGCGGCGAGUGUCGUGUCUGGCGAUGGACGAGGGAGCAACUCUGUCGUGGCAGCUGAAACGACAAUUAUUUCCUCCGAUGAGACGAGGAUCACAUGCGAAGAAGUCCACUACCGCACCUGUACGGCACAGCACGUCAAUUUUAUUUCAAUUCUGCAUGAUUCUCAUUCUUCUUCGCAGAAGGGCGCAGGAGAACAACAACACACCACCAGGGCUUGCGGUCCGGCGUUGGGAAGUGCUGACAGGAACAAGCACAAAAACGACCUGGAGUUUUUAUCCGGCGGCGCGAAAGCCACGGGUGCAGGAGCAAGAAUUGCUGCGAUCUUUCACGACGACCGAAAGACGAGUGCGCUGA